GGGGGAACACAAAAUAGAGGUAACUGCGCACGAAGAACGGGUCUCAAGCUUUCCGACAAGACAUGCACACCACAAAUUUUAUUUUAUUUUUUUAUUUAACCUUUGGACCACAAAUUUCUUUAACUAUCCGUAUAUAAAUCGACAAUUUCCAAAACCUUCCCAAGCUUCUUAUUGACUCAAUAAUCAUGAGACCUGCGCAAGACAACCAAGGAUCCUUCCUCGGCCGGAUUAGUAUCCGUCGCAACCAAUUCACCGACGUCAACACCGAACAAGAGCAAGAAGAUCUCGAGCUUUUCCAAAAACACAUCGCCGAUCGUUUCACCGAGCUUCUCUCUCCUCCUCCACCACCACAACAACCACCGUCCGAUGAGACGAACACGGUUGCUCCCGUACCCGCGACGGAGCAGAUUAUGUCCGUCACCUGGCUUCGUAAGCUCAUGGAUGUUUUCCUCUGCUGCGAAGCCGAGUUCAAAGCGAUUCUCUUAAUGGGCCGUGACCCGACCCAGAUAUCUAAACCGCCUUUCGACCGGUUAGUCCCCGAAAUGUUAGACCGGUCCAUUAAAGCGCUCGACAUCUGUACCGCCGUCGUUAACGGAAUCGACUCCGUUAGACAUUACCAGCGCCUAGCCGAGAUCGCCGUGGCGGCACUGGAGCAGCGUCCGUUAGGAGACGGUAACGUGAGGCGGGCGAAACGGGCCCUCUCGAACCUACUCAUCGCGCUGAGCAUCGAGGACAAAGAGAACGUAAGCGGCGGAGGAGGCCGUAGCGGCGGAUCGUCCGCGGCGAGCAAAGGAGGAGCGACGAUCGGUCAGCUCAAAUCGUCGUCGUGGGCCGUCGGGAGAAACUGGUCGGCGGCGAAGCAGAUCCACGCGAUGACGGCGAACCUCGCGCCGCCGCGCGGCAACGAAGCGGCGGGGUUGCCACUGCCGAUGUUUAUAAUGAGCACCGUGACGGUGUUCGUGAUGUGGGUUCUGACGGCGGCGGUUCCGUGUCAGGAGAGAGCUGGACUGGCGAAUCAUCUGCCGGUGCCGAAGCAUUUGAACUGGGCUCAGAGUUUGGUCGGGAUACACGAGAAGAUCGGAGACGAGUGGAAGAAGAAGGAGAAGAAAGGAUCCGCGGGGCUGAUGGAGGAGAUGACGAGGAUGGAGAAGCUUGGUCACUCGCUGGUUGAGUUCGCCGACGGGUUUCAUUAUCCGGCGGAGAAAGAGGCCGCUGAAUCUGCGGCGGCUCAGGUGGCGGAGAUGGCGGAGAUAUGCCGGAGAAUGGAGGAGGAGCUUGUGCCGUUGCAGCAACAGAUCAGAGAGGUUUUCCAUAGGAUCGUGAGGAGUCGUGCGGAGAUUCUGGAGGUGUUGGAGCAGGCCGGGAAACUUUCAGCGCCAGUUGUAUAAAAGAUUUUAAAAUGUCGGGGUGACAUUUGAGAAUUUUGUAAUUCGUUGGGGUUAAUAAGAUAAGAUAUUUAUUUUCUUAGUUCUGUGUUAUCGUUUUUUUCUUCUGUCCUUGUUUGGGUUUCAGAACUCUUCUGGAACGGCCCAUACCAGUAUGGCAGUAUGUCUACAAUUGUGCUUCUUGUAUUUUCAUAUAAAGGAUUUUGCUUUGGUGACAAAAAAAAAGGAUUUUGCUUAA